AUGGAUUUUGUAUCAUUUCAGCAUAUUACCACUAGUUGUUCAGCUGUUAAAAAGUUGGCAGAAAAUACGAAGAGAUCAGUCUACCGUAUAAAAUUCUCUCUAGCUCAAUUAAUUCACCAAUAUUUUUAA